CAAAAACUAAACUACUAAGUUCAAGAAGAAGAGUUGCAAUUUUGCAGAAUAGACUCGAAUAAAUGUCUAAUUGCAAGUCAUCUUCUGUUUGUAAUUCUGCAAACAUGCCAAGAGAACCCACUAUGAUGAAUUCAGAAGAGAUUGACCAUGAGAAUUCGAUACCUACAAGAAGCUCCAGUGGUCAGCCAACUUCAUCUGGUAUUCCCUACACUUGCAAACAAAGACAAAAAACAAUUUACCACUGCUCAGAGUGUGGGAAAAGUUGUAAACAUAGAAGUGCUCUCCAAAUACAUCAGCGCAUUCACACAGGAGAGAAGCCUUAUUACUGCACAGAGUGUGGAAUGAGAUUUACGCACGAAGCUAAUUGCCGAAGACAUCAGCGUAUUCAUUCAGGAGAAAAGCCACAUCACUGCUCACAGUGUGGAAAAAGCUUUAGGGAUACAGGGAACCUCAAAACACAUCAGCGCAUCCACACAGGAGAGAAGCCAUAUUGCUGUUCAGACUGCGGGAAGAGUUUUACUGAUCGUGGAAAGCUUGUAAAACACCAGCGCAUCCACACAGGAGAAAAGCCCUAUUACUGCACAGAGUGUGGAAUGAGUUUUACGCAAGAGGGUAAUCUCCAAAGACAUCAGCGUGUUCAUUCAGGAGAAAAGCCGUAUCUCUGCUCACAAUGUGGAAAAAGCUUUAGGGAAAGACGAACUCUCAAAAUACAUCAGCGCAUUCACACAGGAGAGAAGCCGUAUCACUGCUCACAGUGUGGAAAAAGCUUUAGGGAUGCAGGAAGCCUCAAAACACACCAGCGUAUUCAUACAGGAGAGAAGCCGUAUCACUGCUCAGACUGUGGGAAGAGUUUUGCUGAGAGAGGAAAUCUUGUAAAACACCAGCGCAUCCACACAGGAGAGAAGCCCUAUCACUGUUCAGACUGUGGGAAGAGUUUUACUGAUAGUGGAAUCUUCGUGAAACACCAGCGUAUUCACACAGGAGAGAAGCCCUAUUACUGCACUGAGUGCGAAAUGAGUUUUACACAGGAAGCGAAUCUCCGAAGGCAUUGGCGUGUUCAUUCAGGAGAAAAGAUGUAUCUCUGCUCACAGUGUGGAAUAAGCUUUAGGAAUGGACGAACUCUUAAAGCACACCAGCGCAUUCACACAGAAGAGAAGCUGUAUCACUGCUCACAGUGUGGAAGAAGCUUUAGGGUUAAAGGAGCUCUUAAAAGACACCAGCGCAUUCACACAGGAGAGAAGCCGUAUCACUGCUCUCAGUGUGGAAAAAGCUUUCGGGAUGCAGGAAGCCUCAAAACACACCAGCGUAUUCAUACAGGAGAGAAGCCAUAUCACUGCUCAGAUUGCGGGAAGACUUUUACUGUUAGUGGAAAUCUUGUAAAACACCAGCGCAUCCACACAGGAGAGAAGCCCUAUUACUGUUCAGACUGUGGAAAGAGUUUUACUGACAGCGGAACAUUUGUGAAACACCAACGCAUCCACACAGGAGAGAAGCCCUAUUACUGCUCAGAGUGUGGAAUGAGUUUUCAGCGAGACGAUAAUCUCCAAAGGCAUUGGCGUGUUCAUUCAGGAGAAAAGCCAUAUCUCUGCUCACAGUGUGGAAAAAGCUUUAGGGACAGAGGAGCUCUCAAAACACACCAGCGCAUUCACACAGGAGAGAAGCCGUAUCACUGCUCACAGUGUGGAAAAAGCUUUCGGGAUACAGGAAGCCUCAAGACACACCAGCGUAUUCAUACAGGAGACAAGCCAUAUCACUGCUCAGACUGUGGGAAGAGUUUUACUGUUAGUGGAAAUCUUGUAAAACACCAGCGCAUUCACACAGGAGAGAAACCGUAUUACUGCUCAAAGUGCGGGAAGAGUUUUAUCAGUAGUGCAACCUGUAUGAAACAUCAGCGCAUUCACACAGGAGAGAAGCCAUGUUGCUGUUCGGACUGCGGGAAGAGUUUUACUGUAUGGGGAAAUCUUGUACAACAUCAGCGUAUUCACAUAAGAAGAACCCCUAUGACUGCACCGAGUGUGGAAUGAGUUUUACACAAGAGACUAAUCUCCAAAGGCAUCAUUGCGUUCGUUGUGGAGAAAAGCCAUGUUGCUGCUCACAUUGUGGACUGAGCUUCAAUUAUUCACGUGUAUUUAAGAAACACAAGUGCAUUAUAGCACACCUGUCUAUAUGUAACACAUGAAUUUGCCAAGUCAAGAAAUAUUAUUAUUAUUGUUGU